AAAAAAAAAAAAAGCGAAGAAGAAGAAGAAGAAGCAGCACGCGAAGACAGGCUCAGACCAGAGCGAGGCAGCGGACAAGGAGCGCAGGAGACCCCGCGCGCGCGCGUGCGUUUGGUCUCCGGCACCCGCCAGGAAUAUCUAAUACUCCCCUCCCAGACGGAGCAGGAAUAUCUGGCAUGGCGUGGAGGGAAAUCUCGGGAUGGAGCGUCCUGCAGCGGCGCGUGGAGCAGCUUUAUAAGCACUGCCAUGAGAAGAGGACGUAGGGCCGAUCCAUUCCAAGCUGCAGCGUUUGUGGAUUUGCUAACUGUUGGAUCUAAAGGUGCAGUGAGGGAUGUCUGUUUGACAGACUCAGUGCAAAAGGGCUGAACAGACACUAGAGUGUGCUUUUGUGUUGUGCAACGGCACCGUCUCGUCUGGACCAUGUGGCUGGCUACGUUUAGCGUCCAUCUGUUGCCUGCACACCUGCUACACCAGCGAGGGACUCCCACCAUCACUCACUGUGCUCUCCUCUGGUGGAUGUUAUGUUCCUGCUGCUCACUCACCAAAGCAACAAGCCAGAAAUUCUACCCAACUGUGACCACCCAGUUCGGGAAACUGCGGGGCCUUAGGGUCCCCGUCCCCAGUGAGGUCCUCAGACCUGUGGAUCAGUACCUCGGGGUCCCUUACGCUGCCCCACCUGUGGGGGAAAAGCGUUUCAUGCCCCCUGAUCAACCCUCCCCUUGGUCAGGAGUCAGGAACGCCACGCACUUCAUGCCCGUGUGCCCCCAGAACAUCCACAACACGGUGCCAGAGAUCAUGAUGCCCAUAUGGUUCACGUACAACCUGGACACAGUGGCCACGUACAUCCAAGAUCAGAGCGAGGACUGCUUGUAUCUGAACAUCUACUCUCCGACAGAAGACGGGGGCCAAAACAAGAAAAAGGGGGCGCCUUUCUCACAAGCUGAGACUCAUGUAUCUGAAGAUAUAAGGGACUCUGAAGCCCGACCAGUGAUGGUUUACAUCCACGGAGGUUCCUACAUGGAGGGAACCGGGAACAUGAUGGAUGGCAGCAUUCUGGCCAGCUACGGGAACGUCGUGGUCGUCACGCUCAACUACAGAAUCGGGAUAUUAGGCUUCCUGAGUACUGGCGACCAGGCAGCUAAAGGAAACUACGGACUGCUGGAUCAGAUUCAAGCUCUACGCUGGAUAAGUAAAAACAUCGGUUACUUUGGAGGAGACCCAGGCCGCAUCACAGUGUUCGGAUCUGGAAUCGGUGCUUCGUGUGUCAGUCUGCUAACACUGUCCCACCACUCGGAGGGUCUGUUCCAUAGAGCCAUCAUCCAAAGUGGUUCAGCACUGUCCAGCUGGGCCGUCAACUACCAGCCAGUCAAGUACACCCGCAUGCUUGCUGAGAGAGUUGGCUGCAACGUGUUGGACACAGUUGACAUGGUGUCCUGCUUACAGAAGAAGAGUGCUAAGGAGCUUGUGGAGCAAGACAUCCAGGCUGCUCGUUACCGCGUGGCUUUCGGCCCCGUUAUUGACGGAGACGUCAUCCCAGAUGACCCAGAGAUCCUGAUGGAGCAGGGCGAGUUUCUCAACUAUGAUAUAAUGCUGGGUGUGAAUCAGGGCGAAGGGCUGCGCUUUGUGGAGAACUUGAUGGACCUGGAGGACGGCGUGUCUGGCAACGACUUCGACUUUGCCGUGUCCGACUUUGUGGACAGUUUGUAUGGCUACCCGGAUGGGAAGGACACCCUCAGGGAAACCAUUAAAUUCAUGUACACAGACUGGGCUGACAAGGAUAACCCAGAGACUAGGAGAAAAACCCUGGUUGCGCUCUUCACGGACCACCAGUGGGUGGAACCAUCGGUGGUAACAGCUGACCUACAUGCCCGCUACGGCUCACCUACGUACUUCUACGCCUUCUAUCACCACUGCCAGAGUCUUAUGAAGCCCGUUUGGUCAGACUCAGCACACGGAGACGAGGUGCCCUAUGUAUUUGGCAUCCCCAUGGUGGGCCCGACAGAUCUGUUCCCUUGUAACUUCUCCAGGAAUGACAUCAUGCUUAGCGCCGUGGUCAUGACAUAUUGGACCAACUUUGCAAAGAGUGGGGAUCCGAACAAGCCAGUGCCACAGGACACUAAGUUUAUCCACACCAAGGCUAACCGCUUCGAGGAGGUCGCCUGGUCUAAGUACGACCCCUAUGAACAGUUUUACCUGCACAUCGGCCUGAAGCCUCGCAUCCGUGACCACUACCGCGCCACCAAAGUGGCCUUCUGGAAACACCUGGUGCCACAUCUCUACAACAUCCAGGGAAUAUUCUAUUACUCCUCCACCACCACCAAAGUUACUCCUCUGGAUCCCACCCAGUCCAAUGGGAAGCGGUCUGGCAGCACGGGGCGACCUCCCGUAUCCACGUCCCACGGUGGAGGUGAGGGAGGGAGAGAGAUGGGUCCUCUGAUCAUGCCGAACCCCAGAGAUUACUCCACAGAGCUCAGCGUCACCAUCGCAGUCGGGGCGUCGCUGCUCUUCCUCAACGUCCUGGCCUUCGCCGCUCUGUACUACCGCAAGGACAAGCGCAGCCGCCAGGAAACCUCCCAGCAGCCCAGUCCCCAGCGCGAGAGCAAAGGCAACAACGCGAGCCACACCAACACGGUCGACGAGACCCUGUCGUCCCAGCAACGGAGCCCGUGCGAGGCCCUUCACAAUCCUCUUCACGCCUCGCCCAGCUUCUCUCUGAGUCAGCGCCGCUCCCCGGACGACAUCCCUCUGAUGACCCCCAACAACAUCACCAUGAUCCCUAACUCCCUGAUGGGCCUGUCCAACAUGAGUCCAUACAGCACCUUCCCUGCCGGCUACAGCUCCGCAGGCCUGCCCAGCACCCACUCCACCACCCGAGUAUAGCCUGGCAGGAGGCGGAGACGAUAAAUAUACGACAAACAUUAAAAUUUAGAGCUGUAUUUAGGAUGUGUAAGUAAAAUAGAAUCAAAAUAUGUUUGUUCUGUCAUUUCCAGAGGUGUGCGAUCACCAACAUCCUGCCUUCGCUCUCUUUCUCAUAAUACAAAGUCUCAAAUGCAGAGUCAUUUUAUAAUAACCAUUCUCAAAGGCAGUCCAAAAGAAGAAGAAGAAGAAGUGCAUUUCAUUUUUCACUUUGGCUUUUUUGGAACUUUACCUAGCAAGAACUUAGUAUAAUGUUUAUACAGCUGGAUUUGUAUGGGAAGCUUUUUCUUACUCUGUGAUAUCUAUUUUGCUCUCGUGGAACGAUGGGACAUUACAACUGGUUGAAGAUGAUUUCUGGGGGGAAAAGCAGUAUUAAUAUGAUUGUUAUUAUUAUUACUCUUAACAAGCUGUUUUCUACAUAUUUCUCAUUCCGCCUUGCUUAUUCUGAAAAUGUAUUUUUACUGUAAUUACUUUAAAAUACCUUGCACAUCGCUUACACAAGGAUUUUUCCUGUGGGGGCAGAGCAGCAAGGGAUGAAAACUCAACCCAAAAUAGCUGAUGAAAAUGUCCAACGUACCCAAAAUGUUUCUAUCUGGUAGUGCAAAUACAGCACCUGUGUGUGAGGGUGUGUGUGUGGGUGUGUGUGUGUGGGAGAGAGAGCAUGUGGAAGUGCUGGAAACUG